CUUGUUUCUCUGGUGUGGUAAACUUUUCAAGAUUAUUACUAUCAAUGGUUGAUGUUGAUGGGAUUGAAGAUUUUUCCUCUGAACUUUCCCCAUUGUAUUCUACAUCCCAAUUAUUACCACAGGGAGCCUUUUUAAUAUUUUUCUGUGUUCUAGUACUGUUUUUGGGAGUUUUUUCGAAAUUUUUUGUUGUUUUUGAGCCACUUUUGGGUGUUUUUAUUGUGUUUGCAGUUUCAGUUUUAGGUGUUUUUUCUAUCUUUUGUUGAGUUUUUAUGGCACUUUUUGGCGUUCUUGUUGUUUCAAUUUUGGGUAAUUUUUGUUGGGUUUUUAUGGCACUUUUUGGUGUUUUUAUUGUGUUUGUAGUUUUAAUUUCAGGUGCUUUUUCUACUUUUAUUUCAACAGGGUUUUUCUUCGGCCUACCUCUGGCUUUUUUGGGAGGUGUUGUUACUUUAGUAUUGCUUUUCGGCAUUUCAGCUUUUUUCGUAUGUUGUACACCUUUCCCCUUUUUUGGGGUAACUUUUGUCUUAGCUAGAUUGUUUUCCGAAACAGAUUUCCUUAAAUUCACCAUACUAGCAACUUUAUUUCUAGUGUUAUGUUUUACAGGCAAAGCAUUUGUAACAAAAUCUUUAUUAAAGUCUAGCUUUCUUUUAGUGGCUUCCUCUUUUUUGAUUACAGUUUGCCGUGUUAAUCUUGUAGAAGGCGGUCUGUUUUUGUCUAUGUAAAUCGGUUUAAUAUUUGUAGGGGGUCGAAAUUCGUGAUUUGCCGGCGCAAAUCGUGAUUUUAGUGGUGUAGGGUUUUUUUUAAUUGGUUUUCCUUUAAUUUCGUUAUUUACUUUAUCCAACUUUGGGAUGACUAUUUUGAAAUAAAGAAGUAUUAACCUUAUUUGAACUAUUCUUUUGAUUAACUUUCCCCAUUUUCGGUUCUGGUGUCUUGUACGGCGUCAUAUUCUUGUCUAUUUUUCUGUUGUUGCAAAUCGUAUUAUUUCUUGUUUGUUUUCUGUUAUUCUUAAAAUUGUCCAAUCUGUCUUUUAACGUUUUUUGUUUAAAGUCUUUUGAUAAAGCGUACUUAUGAAAUUCCAGACCACUUUUAAAAAACUCAGGAACGUCCAUUAUAAUAACACUAAUAUUGCGAUAUUUAUGCUCUAACGCUAACUUUCAUAUGAGGCAACUCUCUCUGAUAUGAGGCAAAGUAAAACCGUUAAUAUUUAAAAAAACGUUUGGCAGUUAUAACGAGUGCCAACUUUAACGCAAAAAUGUUAAAGGUGUCUUCUUUACCGGCAACAUUAUUUCGGCUAUUGGGGGUUGUUCAAAACAAAUAAGGGAAACAUUCGUUUUUUUAAAUUUAAAUUCAGUUAGUUUUUUUGAUUUUAUUGGGGACAAACGGCUUUUUUUUUUACAAAAAUCACCCUGUGUCGAAAUGAAAUCCGGCAACGUCGCAACCAACCAAAGCAGUGGUUCAUAGAAAUAGAUUGAUUCAUAGACAUUAAAAAUUUCGUAUACAUUUUACGGUAAAAUUGUGAGUCAGUGUCAUUUAGUAUAAAAAACAUGACAGUGUAAAAAGUUAAAUUGCAAUUAUUAAAAUAAUAGUAAUAAGUCCCAAAAAUGGAUCAAAAUAAACGAAUAGACGAAACAAACGAAAAUGAGGACGCACAAGAACAUGAAAAUCAAGAAUCUCAAAUAACAUUCCAAGAACCACAACAAUCUACAAAUGAAAACAUUGAAGUUAUGGACGAGGAGGACCCAAAUAAAAACGAUGAGACCACCGGACUAAUCACUGAUAAUACAGUGAUUAGCUCUGUUGCAUUCAAACAGCCUGCAGAGAUAAUGACAGGUAAUAGGGGUAAAUUUGCGUUGUUGAUGUGGAAAAACUGGAAAUUACAAAGGCGAAAACCUUUACAGACUGUGAUAGAAAUUUUGAUUCCAAUCAUUUUUUCAAUUUUGUUGGUUUUCAUUGGCACCCUAGUAACAAUGGAAAAUCAUGAUACCAAAGUUUUUGAACCAUUUGAUGCCCUUAGCUUUCCAGCAGUUGCCCAAUUUUUACUUAACAAUAGAUCUAAAAGUUCCGAAAUAAAAAUCCCAACAGUAAUAUUAUAUUCCCCUGACAAUAACGACACUAGCGCUGUAAUGGAUAUAUUCCGCAUCAUCAAAAUAUGGAACGUGACUGGUUCAGACGACAUAAACAACGAUUACAGAAAACAGGAAAACGACAUUUUAUUCGGCGUGGAUUUUCCUUCAAAUUUUAGCUUUGAGAAUGAGGAUAUUUCUUUAUCGAUACGGUUUCCCGCCGAACUCAAAUUUGUGAAAAUUAAUUUGACUGCUUCCGAUAAUAACUGGAAAACAUAUUUGACGUAUCCUUUGUACGCCAAACAGGGACCAAGGGACUACGACGAAAAUACUGGAGCUACGCCAAGCUACUUCAAAGAACAAUUUAUCAGAGUCCAAUCAAUGUUAACAAUCUCACUGAUAGCUCUAAAGAAGAACAUACCUGUAGAUAUUGACUACCAAAAUAAAUGGGAGGUAUUUAAAUUUAUACAGGCUAUUAGUGGCGACAAUGGAAUUCCUUUGGUAAAAAUGCAAAGAUUUCCGUAUCCACCUUGGAAUGAAUCUCCAGUCUUGGAAGGUUUAAGAACCUUUUUGGGGCUGAUUAUAAUGCUCAGUUUCGUUUAUUCGUCCAUUAACUUGGUGAAAAUGAUAACAAACGAGAAAGAAAACCAACUUAAAGAAGCCAUGAGAAUAAUGGGUUUGCCAAAUUGGCUGCACUGGACCGCCUGGUUCGUGAAGUCUUUUAUAUUCCUUUUAAUAUCAUGCAUAAUUAUUGUGAUACUUUUCAAAAUAAAUAUUUUCGUUCACGCCGAUCCCUCUGUGAUGUUACUAUUCCUCUUGUUCUACACAUCUUCGAUUAUUAUGUUCAGUUUUGCUGUCAGCGUAUUUUUUUCAAAAGCUGAUACUGCAGCAACCAUGGCGGGUCUGUUUUGGUUCCUCUCCUUCACGCCUUAUCUAUUCCUCGAUCGAACGUACGAUCAGCUAAGUCUGACGCAAAAGAUGGUGGCCGCUUUGGGGCACAACACCGCCAUGGGAUACGGAUUCCAGAUAAUGCUGAAAUACGAAGCGAUCGACGAAGGCAUAGGCUGGAGGAACAUGCACCUACCUCCGACGCCGGACGAGAAUUUGACGUUGAUACACGCGAUAGUGAUGUUGGGGGUGGACAGUUUGCUGUACUUUUUGAUCGCGAUGUACUUCGAGGCGAUAUUCCCGGGGGAGUACGGUUUAGCGCAGCCGUUCUAUUUUCCCUUCACGUCGUCCUAUUGGUUCGGGCAGCCGAGGAACACCGGCACGACCAAUCACGAGCCUCUGGACACGCAAGGCGAGUUCUUCGAGAAACCUCCUGAUAACCUAAAAACCGGCAUAGAGAUACGAAACUUAAGGAAAGUGUACAAGAACAACGUAGCAGUGGAGAAUCUGUCGUUGGACAUGUACCAGAACCAAAUAACGGUGCUGUUGGGCCACAACGGCGCCGGUAAAACCACCACGAUGUCCAUGUUGACAGGCAUGGUACCAUGCACCAGCGGCACCGCCGUUAUCAACGGUUACGACGUCAGAACGCAAACCAAAAGAGUAAGGGACUCGCUUGGGCUGUGCCCUCAGCACAACAUUAUUUUCAACGAGCUGACUGUGGGCGAGCAUAUUUACUUUUACAGUAGGCUGAAAGGCAUGGAGAAGAAAGACAUACCCGAUGAGAUUGAGAAGUAUGUUAGCAUGCUGGAUUUCAAGGACAAGAAAAAUGCGAAAGCUAAAACUCUAUCAGGAGGCAUGAAAAGAAAGUUGUGCGUUGGGAUGGCAUUUUGUGGAAACUCCAAAGUAGUGAUGUUGGAUGAACCCACAGCUGGAAUGGACCCAUCUGCUAGAAGAUCGUUAUGGGAACUAAUUCAAAAGCAAAAAGAUGGCAGAACGAUUCUUCUAACGACUCAUUUUAUGGACGAAGCAGACCUCCUCGGAGACAGGAUAGCGAUAAUGAGCAGAGGUGUUUUAAAGUGCACCGGCUCAAGUUUCUUUCUGAAGAAAAAAUUCGGAGCCGGUUAUCACCUGAUUCUGGAAAAAUCCGAAAACUGCGAUAUUCAGAAAGUAACGCAUUUGUUGAGGAACCACAUCCCGGGUAUCGAAGUGCAUAGCAGUGUUGGUUCGGAGUUGACGUAUUUGCUCGAUGAAGAUGAGGCGCCCAAAUUUGAAAAAAUGCUUAAGAGUUUGGAGGAAAAUUAUGAAGAACUAGGUGUUAAUGGUUAUGGUAUAUCAUUAACGACUCUAGAGGAAGUUUUCUUAAAGGUCGGAUCUGAUCAAGUUUUGGCUAAUAAUGGUGAAAACCACAAAGCCACAGUUCAAAUAUCAUACACAAGGGAACGACGCAAAGGAAUCGAAUUAACUUGUAACCAAAUUCGCGCGAUGUUCAUUAAAAAGUCCCUUUCGUCCCUAAGGUCGUGGAUAAUUCUAUUGAUUCAGAUUCUACUGCCGAUUAUUUUCCUGUUGAUUGCCAUUGCUAUUAUUAACAUGAGCGGCAGAUAUCAAAGCGGUUUGCCGGAUUUAAAGUUGAAUUUGGACAAGUUUAACUCGCCCAAAACCAUUGUGCAAGUCGACGACCAAUCACCAUACUCCAAUACUUUUAUCGAUAUAGUGGGCAGAGAAUCUGAAAUAGAGACUACCAAGAAUAUAACUGAUAUUGCACUCAAAUUGAGGAAAGAAAACAACAAGAACUUCAAGUUCCAUUACAUAGUGGGGGCACAGUUUGAAAAAAAAUAUGUUCUAUUAUAUAGACAAUUUAUAAUAAAUGUUUACUUUAACAACGAUCCUUAUCAUUCCCCUGGUAUCGCUUCGUCUUUAGCAUGGGAGACUGUGUACAAAGUUCUUUCAAAUUGUUCCCAUUGCAAUCUGAAGUUCACCAAUCACCCGCUACCAUACAACACCAAGUCCAUGAUGGAGCGAAUAGUAACAGCCAGCUUUGGAUUUCAAUUGGCGUUUCAAGUGGGCUUCAGCAUGGCAUUUUCCGCGCCGAUCUUCAUUUUGUUCGUGAUAAGAGAGAGAAUUUCCAAAUCCAAACACCUCCAGCUGGUAUCUGGAGCUGAGGUUUGGAUAUUUUGGGUCACGACAUUCGUUUGCGAUUUUCUGAUAUACUUUUUCAUGGUGGUGAUGUUCGUGGCGGUUCUGAGCGGAUUCCAACAAGAAGGAUUUUCAACGCCCGCGGAUUUAGGAAGACUGAUGGCCGUCAUGUUGUGCUUCGGGGUGGCCAUAUUGCCGGUGCUGUAUUGGUUCGGAUUUUUCUUCGAAGUUCCAUCGAGUGGUUACACGAAAAUGGCCUUCAUAAGCCUCUUCACCGGUGUCGUGCCUUUCUUGAUUACGCAGAUUUUCGCCGCACUGGGUUUUCAAAGGACGUCGGAUAUUUUGCAAAAUGUGUUUAUUAUAGCGCCGCAUUACGCCCUUAGUAUGGGGAUAUUCGAUAUAUCCAUGCUGAAUGGCAAGAACAGGGUUUGCGACGAAAUGGCCAAGCAUGGUAUCAACAUUGCCAAUAACACAUUUUGUAAAGAUUCUGGUGAUUUUUAUUUUCGCUUCGAAAGACCCGGAAUCGGCCUUAACAUUUUGGUUCUUUUAUUGCUGGGUUGCGUCCUACUCCUAGCCCUUCUAAUCUACGAUUACAAACUGAUAAAGCCAAUAAGAAUCAGUUCCGGUCCUGUCGAAGUGCCGGACGAAGACGGCGACGUAUCCGAAGAAAAACAAAAGGUUCGAAACGCAAGUGAAGACUUGAUCAAGGAAAACACGUUGGUAAUGAAGGACGUCACAAAGUACUACAAAAAAAAUCUUGCCGUGAACGGUUUGUGCCUGGUGGCCAAAGGGUACGAGUGCUUCGGGCUGUUGGGGGUAAACGGGGCCGGAAAAACGACCACCUUUCGCAUGAUGACGGGGGACCUGAAGAUGUCGCACGGCGACGCCUGGAUCAACGGCAGGAGCAUCCGAGGCGACCUGAAGAACGUGCGGAAGUUUAUGGGGUACUGCCCGCAAUUCGACGCCCUGUUGGACAACCUCACCGCCAGGGAGACCAUCAAAAUUUUCGCGUUGAUCCGCGGCGUCCCGGACGACGAGUGCAGAGAUCUCGUGGACGUUUUGGCCGGGGAUUUCGAUUUCAGCAGGCAUUUGGACAAGAAGGUUAAACAGUUGAGUGGAGGGAACAAGAGGAAGCUGAGCACUGCUGUUUCUAUUAUUGGAGACCCAUCUGUCAUAUAUCUGGAUGAACCAACAACAGGUAUGGACCCAGCUACCAAAAGAUUCCUGUGGGACGCCUUAUGCAAACUAAGGGACAACGGUAAACUGAUAAUCCUAACCUCGCACAGCAUGGAGGAAUGCGAGGCAUUGUGCACGAGGAUAGCCAUAAUGGUGAACGGCAAUUUUAAAUGCAUCGGCUCCAGCCAGCAUUUGAAAAACAAAUUCGCCAAAGGCUAUACGUUGACGAUAAAAGUGAAAAAGUUGCCGGAAAGCCACGGUUUGGAACAUGGGGAUACUCAGCCCAUAGAAGAGUUUAUUAGGGACGAAUUUCCUAAGGCAAAGCUGAGAGAAAGACAUCAAGAGUUGUUGACGUUUUAUAUUACGGAUACUGACAUUCCUUGGUCAAAAAUGUUUGGAAUUUUGGAGGAGGCCAAACAUAAUGACACUUUGAAUAUUGAAGAUUAUUCCUUAGGACAAUCUAGUUUAGAACAAGUUUUUUUAACGUUUACCAAGUACCAGCGAUAGUAUUAUUAAAAUUGUUAUUCAUAUUUAAAAUAAUUAUACAAUUGUUUAAUUUAUUUUUUCUUAUUUUUUUAUAAUAUUAUUUUUAUAGAUAUGUGAUUUAUAUGAAUAAAUAAAUAUAUAUUGUUAAUAAAAAAUAUACCUCUUGUUAAGC